AAGGUUCUUUCCGCUUUCUCUCACUCCCAAGUCUACAAAUGAUGGACAGAUGACACCGUCUACUUGCCUUCAGCCGCCUCCUGGACACUCUGUGCUUCCACCGCGAUCGGAGCUAGGAUUCGACGGCAGUGGUUUCGCAGAUCAUGAAUAGCACUCCUUACAACUGUGAUCCUGAUCUAGAGUACUCGAACGCAAAUGAACGUCGAAGAGCGCAAAACAGGUUGGCUCAGCGCAAAUUCCGACGAAAGAAAGCCCUGGAAAAACAGCCACAACGAAUGUCGGCUGGAUCCAACGCUGCCACCUGGGAUGCACAACAUUGCGGCUUUUCGCUUAUUGGUCAGAACGGCGAGCCUGCUGACGCAAACUAUCCCUUGACUCCAUGCUCGCAAGAGAAGGAACACCACUUGUUCGUUGACACCGGAUGCCUCUCUACUUUAAACUGCUCCGUCGAUAAUGACGAAUAUUCUCAUAAAUCUACGGACACAUUCUUGCCGUUUCCCGAGUCUAUGUACUUGUGGAGCGAUCGCUUCCACGCAUCCCUCAAUUCUUCAAUCUCGCCGCUGGAAGGGGACGUCAAAGAUGACCAUGCGCAAACAACAAACGACCUGCGGCUGGAUGAUUCAGACUCGGUACCCCAGCUCCUUGUUAACACACCAGAUUCAAGGGUAGCGAGGCAUGUUUACAAGGAGUCUGCGUCGGCCCAGGCUCAUUUCUCGAAUCCAUCUUUUGAAACACCGUCGCCAGCGCUCAGCAACAUUACAGAAGCAUCCAACAACAUCGUCAAACCCAUUGAGCCCCUGGUUCCCAUUUUACAUGUUGCUGCCCGGAGCAGGGACGAUGGAAUUGUAGCAACACUCCUUCGCCAUGGCAUGGACGUCGACAUUCGCGACCACAUCAAGAAAAGAACGGCUCUCCACGUUGCAUCUGCGGAAGGCAACAAGGCUGUAGCCGUACUCUUAUUACAAUACGGUGCUGAUUCCAACGCUAAGGAUAAGGAUGGCUAUUCACCGCUUUAUCUCGCUGUGAACGCAGGACACAAGGAUGUAGUUGAGUUAUUGCUAGGAUACUGCGAAAAGACUUAAGGUCGUUUACCAGUCAGUCACUCAUAUCACCCAGUCGCUCCUUUCUAGACAUUUAGAUUAGACAUUCAAAGGAGGACUACAGCACGUUUAAGAUUUCUUUUUGGUAUUAGAACGAAAGAUGAACUCAGCCCAUUACCAUUACAUUACUCCUUGUUCACGCAUACUUCUAAUUUUCACGCAUACGGUAUACCUCAAUAGCGCUCCCUAAUUUACUCCCUA